AUGGCGCUUCCCCUGAGUCUCCUGCUUGGCGGUCGUGUCCGCGCCGCAGUUGCUCGCUGUGGGUUCGCGACCCAGGGUGUGGGGGGCCCAGGCCUCGCGGGCCGCGAGCCGGACCCCGAUUCCGACUGGGAGCCGGAGGAGCGGGCGCUCCAGGAGGUGGAGAGUACUCUGAAACGGCAGAAAAAAGCAAUGCGAUUCCAGAAACUUCGAAGGCAAAUGGAGGCUCCAGGUGCUCCACCCAGAACACUGACAUGGGAAGCAAUAGAGCAGAUCCGGUACUUACAUAAGGAAUUUGCAGAGUCCUGGUCAGUUCCCAGGUUGGCAGAAGGCUUUGAUGUCAGCACCGAUGUUAUCAGAAGGGUUUUAAAAAGUAAGUUUAUACCCACUUUGGAGCAGAAACUGAAGCAGGAUCAGAAGGUCUUGAAAAAGGCUGGGUUAUCUGGAGAUACUGUGAAGCCACUCAGUGAAGGCCUUUCUAUAUCUGACCCGCUGCUGCUGCCAGGAGAUGAAGUCUCGUCAAAUAAGAGCACAGCCUUAAAAGUGCUAGGGUCAGACACUCACAGCACAGCUGCACAGAGAAGACAGGAUGAAAGGACUAAAAGAAUCCAAGGCUCAGAAGAAAGCUUUGUGCCUACCACUGCAGCUGUGGGUCAUCAGAGAGAGAUUCAGAAACACACGGCCAGUGAUUCUAAAACCACCAGAAGAGCUGACAGGGAUAGGUUGCCAAGUGUUGAGAAACUGGAAGAGUUGAAGGCUAGGGAGCCAGGUGACCAGAACUUCAGCAGCAAAGUAGUACAGCGGGGCCGUGAGUUCUUUGACAGCAAUGGGAACUUCCUCUACAGAAUUUGAGUUUGGGCCUGGUUUCUGUCGAUGCUGUGACCCAGCUGGGCAAGUAGAUUUGAAGUUGCCAACAUUUCUGCAUCUGAUCGGCUGCUUUGGAAGAAAUGAGGCUAGGAUGUGGGUAGAGGAGCUACUUGGUUAGAGUCAGAUUCUGGAGUAAGCCCCUGUGGAUCUAAACCUCAUUCAUCCUUGUUCCUUGGUCUCUAUUGAGAACAAGUAUCACACGUGAUAUGUCAUGAAUUUCUGUGUUAACUGUUUGGAGGAAAAGGAAAUUUUUCCUCUUGACCUUAUUUCCUUCUUGAUCACUGAACACUAACUGUUCUUGAAUGGUUUAAUCAAUUGAUUUCCUUACGUGCAAAAUAAAAUAAAAUGUAGUAGUUUGUUGUUU